ACCCCUUAAAAUGACGCAGCCUGGCUACUUAAAACAGCUAGUGGCUGUUGUUAUUGUAGCUAAUGUUGUUAUUGACAGGAGCUGAACUUUCCGUCGUGGUGCAUCAUAUUCCCCAGUCGGCUCUGCUGACUUCUCAGGCUGGCAUUUAGAGCAAACAUAACUGUGGCAGACAGCUGAUCAUAGAGAGCAACACUGUCUCUAAUUCUUCCAACAAGGCUAGCAUUAGCUAGCGUAUCCCACAUCAGAGCUAUCCAGCUAGUUGCUUAGCAGCGAUGGAGUGGCUGGGCAACGGAGCUUCAAUUUACCGCGAUGAACAGUCUAGCAGUGACCCAGCUUCAACAGCCAUGGGCUCCAGUGGUGUUUAUCCUCACCAGCAGUCACCAUCAUCACACCUUUGUGAUUGUGCCAUGGCUUCACUGUGCCAGAGCCAGCAGCGCUGUGUGAAGGCCUCUAUCGUCUCCAGCUGGAGACUGGCUGAGGCCCAGGAUCAGCUAUGUUCUCUUGGCGUCCACAGCUCCGAGUCCCUGGAGCAGGAACGUGCUCGGACUCUGACCUGCCCCACAGAACUCACACACACCGAGGAGGAGUGGCGCCGCAAGGAGAGCAUGCUGGGAGGUCAUGAGCCCAGCCGCAGUCCUGUGCUCGGAGCUGUCGGAAGUUGGGAUGUUUUUGAUAAGAGUAUCAUCAAUGUCCAGAAUCAACCUAUAGAAAUGGAUCAGGACAAGUGCAAGACGUUUCUCCAAAAGUAUGAGCAAGAGCUCAGGCAUUUUGGUAUGUUGCGGAGAUGGGACGACAGUCAGCGAUUCCUCGCAGACAUGCCUCAGCUCAUCUGUGAGGAAACGGCCAACUACUUAAUUCUUUGGUGCAUGAGACUACAGCAAGAAGGGAAAGAAGCACUAAUGGAGCAGGUGGCGCACCAAGCUGUAGUCAUGCAGUUCAUCCUGGAGAUGGCCUCAAACUCUCAGCAGGAUCCUCGAGGCUGCUUCAGACAGUUCUUCCAUAAAGCCAAAGACGGACAAGAUGUCUACUUAGAAGUUUUCCAUACAGAGCUUGAGGCCUUCAAACACAGAGUGAAAGAAUAUGCAGUCAAGUGUAGAGGUGACACACCCAACAACGUUGAACAACAGAACACUGGUGCAAACUGCAGAUUCGACCCCAAAGAAGCCCUGGACUCUUUACCCCCAGUGGCAGAGUAUCCUAUGAAGCGCUGUAUAGAGGCAGGACUGUGGACAAGCACAGGGAGGUGGACAAAGGAUGACGCUACAGAAACAGACGACAUGCGCAUGAUGGAGACCUCCUAGGAAUUGCAGGCUCGGCCCCUGCUUUUCUUCAAUCUCCAUCGUCUCCCCAUUUAAAAUAACCUGAGUUUUAAGCCCUCUUUACACAGCAGUCCAGGCUGAAAAACACCAGUGCAUAUCAGGAGACAUGAUCAAUCUUUUACGCUGUAAUUUUCAGUGGAGAACCUGCAGGAAAUAAUGGUUCACUGGUGACAAACAUUUCUCAGUGUUGUCGAUAUUGAGUCACUGUGGUUGGCGUCUGGUGAGUUGGUUUCUGCAGUGUCUCUUGCCAGCUAAAUGCAUGUGUUGUGCCAUAACCCUGGUUUUACAGAUGGGAGUUCUUAUAUCAUUCAAGCUGGUUCUCCUGAAAAAGAGAAACAUCCUUAUGUGACCGCAAAACAAACUGACAGAUUGAAAAGAAAACUCCAGACAACACAAAGAAUACUUUGGUACCAAAUCAAUAACUGAAGUUGGACUCGGUCAGGGGACAUGUGAUGAGUAUUGUUAUAGCUGCUUAAAAUGAAUCCUGUCAAGUAUGAGAGAAGCAUGACUGACCGUCAGUGGCUUUGUAUGUAUGUAAGUGUACAUUUUGGGUAAUGGUGAAAGUUUUAUAUAGAGUACAACCUGCUGACAGCCUACUAUACUGUGCUUGACAUUUAUUAUUUGGUAAUUCUGGUAUUUUUAAACCUGGGCCCCAUUUUUCAUAUUUUGGGAUCUAAAUGACUAACAGGUACAAAAUAUGUAAAAAUAGGGCCCAUGUUUAAAAUGACUGAAAUUACCUUUUUUUUUUUUUUUUUUAAGGAAAAGUGUCUUGAAGUAAAAUUUUAAAACUACCUGAUCGUGUGUCUACAGUAACUACUGUAAAAUAGGGAGAAGGUGGUUGUUCUGUUGAACAAUUUGAUUUCAAUCAUGAUUAGUUACUUCUGAGCAUGUCUGCUUUUACCUGAAGGCGAAGCAUUGGUUUUGUCUGGAAUGAAAGUGCUUGACCUGAGAUUUGCUGCCCUUCUCGUCAGUUGUCAUACCUUUUUUUUUUUUUUUUAAAUUUAGUUCACUAAAAGCUAACCGGCUGGCUGUAUGUUAAUGAACAAAGAGCAGUUUAUCUGUGUUUAAUGGCAUAAUGUCUGAAUCUGUAACGAAUACAGAGAACAUGAGUGUUCCAGUUGUGGUUACUUGGAUUUGUUUUCUCUAGCAGUUAACUUGUCAGGCUAGAAUGACUUUACAAUCUAGGCAUUAAAAGGCCUCGGGUCAGAUUCGCCCUGCAGGGUGAUCUGCAUGUAAGGAAUUGCGCACACAAUCCCACAGGCCUCCCAUAGGCUCAUUAGCAGGAGAGGAUGAAUAUUGCAGUACGUGUGGGUGGCUUGUCAGUUAGCUGACUCCGUUGUCUGAAAAGAACCGACAAAACAGGUGUUUUAAGAUGGUAGCGUUUGGUUUACUUUUGUCUUGGCUUUUGUCAUACAUUAUUGUGUCAUUCCCUGAUUGUUGCCAUUGUUGGGUAGGAAAGGUGGCAAAAGAGUGGUCUUUCUUAUUGCUCGAAGUAUAACAAGCAUUCGAAAGUUAAUAAAUGAUUAUCUUACGACGCUGCUUUUACAAAUGCAGAACAGGAGCUUACGUCUUGUGAUUUGAACACUUUUACAGUUCAUGUCAUUUAUGCAUUUCUUGAAAGGCAGGACAAGAGUGGUUUUUAAUGUCUAUGGUUUUCUAAAAACUAUUCCUAGUGUUGUCUGGAGAGGCUUAAAGGAGCAAGUAAAGUGUGCAAGUAAUCAGACUACCUCCUUUACAUCUCCUAUUACCAUGCAUCUUUGACAGAUUUUAUCUACUGUGCAGACGAACAUGUAUUCAUACAUAAUGCCCACAUAAUACAAGAGUCAUAAUACAAAAUCACUGGGAAAUUGCUUGAAUUUCCGCACAGUCCACAUAUAACAACACAAGAUGUUGUUGUGCACUUGGCUGCAUUGGCUCUUAUUGUGCUUCAGCCUUUCGGAACAAUAGUCAGUUGCUUAUUUAUUUAAUCAGCUUAACAUGAGGCAAAGACAAAUAAUGAACUAAAGACAAUAGUGCAUGCUUUUUAGUAUGUGAGACAAUAUUCUAACUCCGCAUUUAUUACACAAAGCACUCAGCUUUCGAUGGAAACAUGCGUUUUAGAAGGGAAAAGUCUGCCCAAUUUUAUGAGGAUACUUGAGACAAUUAUAGUGUUGAGUGUAAAUGUGAAUUAUCCAUAUUUGGGUGCAAGAUGCAUGGUGAUGUAAGGUGUAAAGUGGGCACUACCUUUUUUUUUUUUUUUUUUUUUUUGUCAGUUAAGCUGGUUAUUAUUCAUCAGCUGAAUUAUGCUCCCUUGGGAUUUUUUUUUUUUUUUAACCAGGCAUUCACAUAAUCUAAGCCUCAAAUAUCAACUGGCCCACAGGCGAUAAGAGUACAAAUCACAUCUUUCAGUACGUAAAAGGUUUACUAGGCCUGCAUGGGCUUUGUGUAUUUAUUUUUUCUGGUUCAGUGAUGGUCCAGAGUAAAAGUAGCUUAUAUUUUCUUUACCAGCUUGCCAUCUGUACCCAGCAUCUGAAGCAGAGUCACAGCCGCCAUUUUCUUUAUACAAGUGCUCUGUGCUGACUGUCAGUGGUGUGUUUGGCUAAAGUUCACGAUUCUGGGAUCUACACCUGUGUAGGCGAUAAAAAGCACCGGUAUGGAGGGGAGGGGGAAAAAAAGGGCUGAGCUCUCCACAAAGACUUUUACUCUAUUUGUAUGCAGAAAGUUUCUUUCUGCAUCUGAAUGUGUCCUGCACUUUAUAUUUCUCUUUUUCAAAACAAACUGUUGGGGGGGGGGGGAAAAGAGGUUGACGUGGAGUGUUUGAAGCACUUGACUUUAUUUUUCUCCAUACCAUAUUUUGAUUGAAUCACUUUUUAUGUGUGUUCCCAGUCAUCCAGAAUUUAAUCAGAAAUUAACAUUUUUAUUUUACAUGCAGGCUUUAGAUGAGCUUGUGUUUUGAAUUUUUUUUUUCCCCUUUUUGUAUUGUUUGACUCUUCUUGUCACACUGUUCAAGGGAGCUUUUGCCUGAUGUAUUAGGCGUCUAAUUAACUGUCCCCUUGAUGAUUAAUAUUCUUUAACAAGACAGCCAAAAUUAGUGUGAAAAUCUGCUGAGCAACAUGAUCAGUAAGACUUUUAUUGCAGACUGUGGAAAUCAAGAUACCAUACGAUGCAUUAAAGUACAAUACAUGUGUUUAUGACUUAAA